AUGGAGCAAGGAAAUAGUGCAGUAGAUAAAGGUUCACGGAGCGUUUUGAGAAAUGUGGGACUUCCAAAAUUCUUUCUUUUGGAUGAUAAGAGUAGUGGCGGUAAUAACAUGGAUGUGGAAUUGGAAAAAUGGGCUGUUGCUCCGAGGAUUUCAACAGAUACAGUCUAUACUUUGGCCGCACUUCCGAGCAUUUCCUCUCCCCUUGUUUAUUCUCUUACUUCCAAUAAACUUUCUUCAUUAUGUGAAACCAUUAGUUUGGAGGAGCAUAGUUAA